GUAUGUUGUCACGUAGUAGGCGUUCCCGCAAUUUAAUAAAACCACGUGAUGCGAACGGAAGUUGAAUAACAUUGACGGAUGCUGGAAGCGAGUAACUUUUCUACGCCGUUUACCAGAAAUUUAUAGAAUAUUGUUUCAGUAACCAUGAAUUUUUGGAAGUGUCGAAUGUUUUGUAUUAUAACAGGAGCGAGUAGAAGUUUGGGAAGAACCAUAGCUACUCAGUUCUGUCAACACGUGGAAAAGGAUUCUGUAUUCUUGCUUCUAGCAAGAAACGAAGAUGGAUUGGAGGAGACAAAACGACAGAUGCUUGAAAGAAACAAUUCGAUAAAAAUAAUAAUUAAGGCAGUCGAUUUAAGUCAACCAAACUGGACUGAAUAUUCCAAAAUUUUAAAUGAUACUCUAAAAUAUUUAGAAGUAUCAUCAGAUAAUUUCGACCGAUCUCUUCUUGUUCACAAUGCUGGAAGUUUAGGAACACUUUAUAAAAACAGUGAAACUUUAACUGAUAUUCAGGAAUUGAGGGACUAUCUAGAUUUAAACUUAAAUUCUGUUGUUAUAUUAACAUCUGUUUAUUUGAAGUACUUUAAAGAAAAUCGUUUUAUUAUAAACAUAUCUUCAUUGGCUGCGUCACAAGCAUUCGAAGGAUGGCAUUUAUAUUGCACAGUUAAGGCUGCAAGAGAUUCCUACUUUAGAGUUGUGGCCGAAGACAAAAAUGUAUCAAUUUUAUCCUAUGCACCCGGACCUUUAGAUACCGAUAUGAUGGAUGAAAUUGCUAAAAAUGGAACUAAAGAUCAACGAGAAUGGGUGUUGAUCUCAUACAUAAUUGCUUUGGGAAGUCUAAAGUCAAAUUAUGCAUAUUUCUGAAGAUAAAUGAAAAUAUAGAUUUAAAUAUCAUUUUUAUUUUCUAUAUCCUAGCCUUGAAAUCCAGUAUAUGGGCCUAGGCCAAUGCAAAUGCAAAUCACUAACUUGUAAGAUCAUCCUAGUUCUAAAUGUAGGAUUUACUGUUAGAAAUUUUGAUAUGCUAUCAAUUGUGAUUGGUGAUGCACAUGGGAUUUAAUUUUGGAAGAGCAGAGUUGAACAUGAAUGGAUAAAAAUAAUUUUAAUGUGAAUUCAAUAAAAUUCCCAGCUUGUGACUGCUAAUUCAUAAGUUAUAUUGAAAUGGAAGACACACCAUAAUUAAAAUUCAUUUUU